UUUCUUUUCCGGAUUUUGGUUUAUACUUAUUUUUUUCUGCAAUAAUAGUUAUUGAUUUCGAUCUCAGUCUUGUUCUUGAUUGAACAUUGAACGAAACCCCCGCAUUGUAGUUAUGGAUUUGGAGAGUGAAUGUCCUGUGGUUGAAUUUUCCGAGGGUAAUGAAUCCCCGCAACACACUAUACCCCAUGCUGAUGCUAAUAAAAUCAAGAACAAUCAGGUUGAUGCUUGCAAGAUUAAGGAUAGUGGGCUAUGCGCAAAUGAUGAUUUCACUGCUGAUGUUCAUGUAAAUGGUCCUGCUGGGAUUGCACUGCCAAUGCAUUCGUCUCCGCCUGCUAAAUCUACCCCCAAAGGCUAUGGAUUGAAGAAAUGGAGGCGUAUUAAGAGAGGUUUUGUUAAGGAACCAUCUCCCGUUAUGGAUAGUCCUAAAACAUUGAAGCGAUCUUCAUCUGGUUCCAAAAAUCCAACUCCUCAACAUAUGGUAUCAACUGAGAUCAAGCAGAAUAGUGAGCCUCGUAUUAGACCUGUGGCUGUGAGUACAAAAAAGAACACGAAUUUUGCUAGUGGGUUCAUGAUGCACAGUCCCCGCUCUGAGUCCACCGAAAAUACACCUCGAGGUAGCAAGUCUGCUACCGCAGCCAGUAUGCCACAGGUCCUGCCUACGGUUUUGGGGUAUGUGCACAGGAGAAAUCAUAUGAAGAAUUUUAGUGAGAAGAAUGUAGGUAAUUUAAGUCCAAGAGUUCAACAGGUAAAGGGUAGUGUUGAAAGCAGUAACAAGAAAAGAGGAGAAAGGGUCAAAAUCGAGAAGGAAAACUCUCAAUCCAGCAUCGGAUCUGACUCGAGGAGCUCCAACUUUGGCUUUAUGUCAAGUCCACUUUCAGUGGCAAGUAAGGGAAAGCAAAGUGGAAACUCCUUGAAUUUUGAUGGGAAAAAUCAUGAUGAAGCUCAUGAAGGUGAAGACCAGAUCUAUGAGGAAGUACAAACUGCUCAUAGGAAAGAAAAUUCAGGUGAAAUUGAAGAACUUUCACUGGAUAAUUUAGCUGCAGAUUUGUCUCGUGAGGCUAAGGAAGAAAAAAGUGAGAGUCACUGGGUUUCACCAAAUCAAGACUUGUUGACCAACUCUAUUCUUUCUCUCCAAUCCGUCCAGGAAGCGCUUGAAAGGGAAAUACAUAAAUUCGAGGAGAUUGGAAAGGAACCUACAUCUCUAGAUGAUGGUUUUGUUAACAUGGAAAGCAUUCAUGCGGAUUCUACUUUUGCCGAUCAGGAAACUAGCUCAUCUGACCGAUUAGAUUCUGAAAAGAUAAGUUGUACAUCAGAUUCCUUGGAACCUCAACUAUACACCUUAAAGCACAAAGUAAAUUAUUUGGAGAGCAAACUGGAGGAAGCAAGGGCCGUACUGCGGGCAAGGGAGUUGAAGAUUUCUGAACUGGAAACCAGUGUAAAUGGUAGCUGGUCAAGGAAGGAAGAACCAGGAGGCAUUGCAGAGUUGCAGCAAAGUAAAUACAGAGAAACGGAAUUUGAUCUCAAGGGCCUCUUUCAACAGAGAAUGGAGGCUGAAACCGAGUUGCUAGCUCUAAGGAGAACUGUGCAGAAGUUGAGAGAUUUUUUACGCAAGCGUCAAACCACAGUAUUCAAAGAGCAAACAUCAGCAGGUGUGCAAGCACGUAAGUUGAAUAAUAGUCAAACCGGCGAGGUUUCGAAGAUGCAGAUGAGAGUAUAUAAGGCAACAUUAUGUUUUUUAACACAGUUGGUAUUACUGGUUUUAGUGUUCUUGUUUGUUAUCUUGCAGUUGACACCCUUUACAGGGAUAGAUGUUCCCACCUGAUUUUUUUUUGGGGGUGAAUGAUCCAAAUGUAAGAUUUCAUUGUUAUUAUAGUUAUAGAGCUUUAUUUUCUUUUCCAUUUUCCCCAUGUUAAUGCCACACCACAACUUGCUUAUUGUCUUGAGUUGAGCUUCUCUCUCUCUAUA